AAGUGAGGUUAAGUUAAAAGAAAGUACGUUUAUGAAAUACAUAAAAUUACCAAAAUUUUUAUCUCAAACGUUAUCUUCAGUAUUAAAUAUUUAGCAUGAAUAUUCAAAUAAUAGUUUUUUUAAUUUUGUCCUCUUUUUUACAUAAGUCAUACAAGACUGAAGCAACUUUGUCGCCCAAAUCUCCAAGAGGAAAUAAAGAAACCAAACCUAAAGUUGAUAAGGCGAAGAUAGGCCCUCAGAAUUAUACGGUAUUUAAUAAGAACUAUGUAAAUGUAGCUCCAACUUCUAGAGAAAUACUUACUAAUCACCAAGGUUUCUUCAGAGAAGUGGACGAAUAUAAUUUUGAUGGGUUAGUGUUAGGUUAUGUUACACCAUGGAACAAUCAUGGCUAUGACAUUGCAAAAAUAUUUGGCAAUAAGUUUUCUCACAUAAGUCCUGUAUGGUUGCAAAUAGUUAGAAAGGGCACUGCUAAAUAUGAAAUAAGGGGCACUCAUGAUGUUGAUGAAAAGUGGAUAACAGCUAUUCGAAAUGCUGGAAGAGAAAGGAAGCUGAAAGUGGUACCUAGAAUAAUAUUUGACCAAUGGACAAGCCAAGACUAUGUGGAACUAUUUUCGACCACAAAAGAACUGAGAGCUUUAUCAAAGACCUUCAUUCAAACGGCUAAAAAAUAUGGAUUUGAUGGAUAUGUCAUAGAAGUUUGGUCACAAAUUGCAUCACUUGUGCAAUUUGAUUCCCUAGUCAGCUUAGUCAGAGAGCUUGCUGAUGCUCUGAGUGCAGAGAGCUUGCAGACUAUUCUUGUGAUACCUCCAAAGAGAGGAAAAGAAGAACUAUUCACUGAAAAGCAUUUUGAUGCAUUAUAUGAUCAUGUAACAGCUUUUUCACUCAUGACUUAUGAUUUUUCCAACCCGAGAAUGCCGGGGCCAAAUGCACCUUUGCCUUGGGUUAGUGACUGUAUAACAACCCUAACUUCUGAAGAAAAUAAAAGAAAUAAAAUAUUGACAGGACUCAAUUUUUAUGGCAACGAUUAUACAGUUAAUGGGGGAGGUCCCAUUGUUUCCCAUGAAUAUAUUCAAAAAUUGAAACUAUAUAAUGGUAAAUUGCAGUAUGAUCCAGAAAUUGCCGAACAUUACUUUGAAUACAAGGAAAAUAAUGGUAGAAAACACCUCGUGUUUUAUCCUACACUUCUUUCUAUUCACAAGAGAUUGGAAUUAGCAAAACAACUAAAUACUGGUAUUUCUAUUUGGGAAUUGGGACAGGGGCUAGAUUACUUUUAUGAUUUACUGUGA